CGUGCCAAUGCCCGUCCACUUUUCAGCAGCCGGUCGGGGGCGGUGGAAAAGCUAGUGAGGAGAGCGCGACGGCGGCGGCAGCGCAGCCAUUGCUGGACCUCCAGAGGGAAAGCGAGGCCCGAGCAUCUUCGUCUAGGGUCAAAAUGGUUUCAAUCCCAGAAUAUUAUGAAGGCAAGAAUGUCCUCCUCACAGGAGCUACCGGUUUCCUGGGGAAGGUGCUUCUGGAAAAGUUACUGAGGUCUUGUCCUAAGGUGAAUUCAGUGUAUGUUUUGGUGAGGCAGAAAGCUGGACAGACGCCGCAAGAGCGAGUGGAAGAAGUUCUUAGUGGCAAGCUCUUUGACAGAUUGAGAGAUGAAAAUCCAGAUUUUAGAGAGAAAAUUAUAGCAAUCAAUAGUGAACUCACCCAACCUAAACUGGCUCUUAGUGAAGAAGAUAAAGAGAUCAUCCUAGAUUCUACCAAUAUUAUAUUCCACUGUGCAGCUACAGUAAGGUUUAAUGAGAAUUUGAGGGAUGCUGUUCAGUUAAAUGUGAUUGCAACCCAACAGCUAAUUCUCCUUGCACAACAAAUGAAGAAUCUGGAAGUGUUCAUGCAUGUAUCAACAGCAUAUGCUUACUGCAAUCGAAAGCAUAUUGAUGAAGUGGUGUAUCCACCCCCUGUGGAUCCCAAGAAGCUGAUUGAUUCCUUAGAGUGGAUGGAUGAUGGCCUAGUCAAUGAUAUCACGCCAAAAUUGAUAGGAGACAGACCUAAUACAUAUAUAUAUACAAAAGCACUGGCAGAAUAUGUUGUACAACAAGAAGGAGCAAAGCUAAAUGUGGCAAUUGUAAGGCCAUCGAUUGUUGGUGCCAGUUGGAAAGAACCUUUUCCAGGAUGGAUUGAUAACUUUAAUGGACCAAGUGGUCUUUUUAUUGCGGCAGGGAAAGGAAUUCUUCGAACAAUGCGUGCCUCCAACAAUGCCCUUGCAGAUCUUGUUCCUGUAGAUGUGGUUGUCAACACGAGUCUUGCGGCAGCCUGGUAUUCCGGAGUUAAUAGACCAAGAAACAUCAUGGUGUACAAUUGCACAACAGGCAGCACUAAUCCUUUCCACUGGGGUGAAGUUGAAUACCAUGUAAUUUCCACUUUCAAGAGGAAUCCUCUCGAACAGGCCUUCAGACGGCCCAAUGUAAAUCUAACCUCCAAUCACCUUUUAUAUCAUUACUGGAUUGCUGUAAGCCAUAAGGCCCCAGCAUUCCUGUAUGAUAUCUACCUCAGGAUGACUGGAAGAAGCCCAAGGAUGAUGAAAACAAUAACUCGGCUUCACAAAGCUAUGGUGUUCCUUGAAUAUUUCACAAGUAAUUCUUGGGUUUGGAAUACAGACAAUGUCAAUAUGUUAAUGAAUCAGUUAAACCCUGAAGAUAAAAAGACCUUCAAUAUUGAUGUACGGCAGUUACAUUGGGCAGAAUAUAUAGAGAACUACUGCAUGGGAACUAAGAAAUAUGUACUGAAUGAAGAAAUGUCUGGCCUCCCUGCAGCUAGAAAACAUCUGAACAAAUUGCGGAACAUACGUUAUGGUUUUAAUACUAUCCUGGUGAUUCUCAUCUGGCGCAUUUUUAUUGCAAGAUCACAAAUGGCAAGAAACAUCUGGUACUUUGUGGUUAGUCUGUGUUACAAGUUUCUGUCAUACUUCCGAGCAUCCAGCACUAUGAGAUACUGAAGACCAAGAAUUUAGCAUUAGAACAUCUAUGCAUAUGGUGGUCUAAAUGCACAAAAUGUAAAAUGUACUUAAAUCAUCUCACCUUUUGUCAAGACAUUAAACCAUCUUAGGUCAGAGUGUGAAGUAAAUUAUGGUACAUUUUAUGUAACAUUUUAAUGUCUAUGCUCAUAAAACCUAGUGAACACGCUGUGGUAUGCCAGCUCAAAUCUACGAUAGCCACCAAAACCAUGACUUAACAUUUUGAUCCCUCGAAGAAAGGGGUGGGGUGAGGGCAGGAGUGGGAAAAUAGGAACACUGACCAGUAUAACUGUGCAAUUCUGGAAUAUAUUAAUUAAAAUAUGCCUUAACAUAUAGUGAAUUUCUAAUUCUAAUAUUCAGUGCGAUGGAAAGCAUUUAUUUGGACAGGAAUACUAGCUAAGUUAGUAGAUAGUUGAUUCUUCAGUGUGUAAUUUUUUUAUCAGUUGAAGUGAGUUUUAAUUGUGUUAAAAUUAACCAAACCAUUUCUACAUUAUCCUGUUAAGUGAUUGAGUGGUAUCAAACAUGAAAGACAUGUUCUCAUUUUUUCUAAUUAAACAUCAGAUACAUAUCAUUUUUCUAUAAGCAGUCAGUUGCUUUUAUAAUCAGAAGGCUAUAUCUUAUUCUAAAGACCCUAUUGGAUCUAAGUGGGUUUGAGAAUCCAUAUCAACAUAUACUAUGCGUUUUUUGAAAAAACUGAAAAUAAAUUCAGUAAAACUGUUAGUAUCAAAAAGAAUAGGAAUACAUUUUUCUUGUCCAUAUUAUGAUUAAACAGAAAUCAAUCCUGUGAGACUGUGCUCAUGUUUAGAAGCAGGAGGAUUUCUUGAGACUGUCAGAGGUGAGAGUUGGGAAGGACUCACCGUACUCGUGUUCUCCUCCCUUUAUAAAUUUUAUUCAUAGGACUUUUAAAAGACUGUACUAUCUUUCCAGUGAAAACUGAAAGUGCAUUAUUGUGGAAGAAUGUAUUUGCAGGUAGUCAUUAAGAAAAAUGUUCUCAUGUGUAGACACAUACUAAUUUUGACCUUGACAGCUGAAUUCCUUCAAGAAAAAUAAAACAAUGCAUAAGAUAAUGUGUAUAAAAUUAAAUAAAGGAGUUUAUUUACAUACCACAUAAAGUAGCAAACUGUUGAAUGAGUUUGAAGAUGUCCUUUAUUUUUUUCUGCAUGUGGUUUUAACUUUAGAAAGAAAUGCUUUAUAGAAACAAGUAAUAGCAAGCAAAUUGAUGUAUAUUUUAAUGAUACAUUAUAAUUCCCUUUAAAUCUUAAUAGUAGUUAAUUCUACUUACUGUUUUAACAUACAUUUGGUUUAACAGAUUGUUCAGCAUAACACUGUUCUAAUUAAGCUGAUCAGGUUGUACUAUAUUAAAUCAUCAGCAUUGUAUCUGGGAAUGUUUAAAGAGGACAGUUCACAAUACAAUGUUACAUGGAACUUUACAUCUUAAUUUUCUUUGUCAAUUUAAAUGCGCAAUGUAUAAGAAGUUUAUUUUGCUAUUGUGAAAAAACUAAAUGUAAAGGAAAUCACUUUCUUCCAUGCAGGUGUAUAAUCUUGAAAAGGAAAAAUGCUUCCAUGUUGAAGCCAAAUUUUCUGUGGUAAAACUUUUAAACAUUAUUUUAAGAAAAAUAUGUAUAUAAAUAUUCUUUGGAAUGAUACUAAAGUCUCUGGUCUAGGACCAUCCCUUAUAUAAGGUGUGAGAGACCAUGACAGUGUCUAAAAAUGGAAUAAAUGAUGAUGCCUUUGAUUUAAAGUGGCCCAUGUAAUAUACAUCAAGUACUCCAUCUCUUCACAUACAUUGCCUUGUGUGUUGAAAACAUGCUAGCAUUUGUAUGGUUUUUAUACAUCUGCCAAAUAUACUUAGAAUCAGUUGAAUUGUCUUUAUGUCUUAUAAAGGAGUUUGGGGUACAACUUGGGCAGGCCUGUGAAGUGCAUAGGGAGUGUAUGUCUUCUGAAUGGUUGUAUUGAUCUAUAAUCUAACCUAAACGCUAACUGGGAGGGUGCUGAGGCCACUUCAUUAAUUUUAUGUGUUUGUUUAGAAUUCUGAUGUCAAAGGAAAGCUAAUGAACAAAUUAACUAAAUAAAUCUGUCAUUCUGGAAUUUGAAGUUCUAAAAUUAGUAUGAAGAAUAUAUAGAUUGUUAAUCCCCACCAACUAGACUCCAAACUUAAGUCAUCAAGAUUUUGAAAAUCAUUUGUGUCGUUAACUACACAUGAUUUUUAGUUCUGUUUGAUUAUGUUUUCUACACAAACUCAUUAUUUAACAGGAUAGCCUACUAAAUAAGUUUUAUAUUUCAUCUAGCUCAUUUGAUAAAGCUGUAUCCUGAAACAUUUGAGUUUUUCCCCCCGUUCUUAACCCUGGCAUAUACAUUUGUAGAUUUUGAUGCCAAUUUGACUUGGCAACAUUAGUAUGUCCUAAAACUCAAUGGAGAGAGGCAUGGCAGUGUGUUCUUUGACUUAAGAAUGGUGUAUAGUAAUCAUUCUUGGAAUCUGUAUAAUAAAGUUGGAAGCAGGGAAGAAGAAAAAAAUCUAAUUCUUCCCUCUUUUUUGUGUUUGUCUGUAGGAACUGAUUAGGAAUUUUUCGUUUUGUGGUUUUUUUCGUUUGUUUUAAAUGUAAAUUGAUAAUCUUUUAUAAGAAGUAAAUAGAAGCAUUAUUGGGUGCCUUUGUUUGUAAACCAAAAAGUAAUAAAUGAAUCCCUAUAUUUCCAUUAUAGUAUUUAUUGUAUUUUUAUGUUGUGGAAAUUAUCUAUGAGCUAAUGUGGUUGGUCAGGAUUACAGGAAACAUCCUUACACUUCUUGUUUGUUUUAGGUGCACUCAUUAAUUAUUGUAUUCUAAUUUCAUGUAAUCUGAGUCACACACACAGCAUUUUAAGGGAAGCAUACAGGCAGGAUGAACACCUUUUGUUAAAGUAACAUUUUUAUGUAUUAGCUGGAAUGAGCCAGGUUUUUUUCUGUUUUCCAAAAAUAGUACCAAGAGAUCACUAGUAUGUUGUUGGGCUCCAGCUGCUCUCCUCCACAUUGAAUGAUAUCCUGUUAAACUGUAGGUACAUUUGUAGUAAUGUAUAUGUCUAUUAAGUAUAAGGGAUCAUUCACUAGUAAUAGAAAUUAGCUGAACCCUUUUUGUGGGGAGAGCAUCAGGCCGGGUGCAGGUUAAGUGUAAAUGGCCUUCUGAGCAUGUGCUUCUGGGCUGACUCCCAGCCCUCACUUGAAACCAUUAGCACUGACUUGCUCUGUUUUGAGAAAAACUUUCUAACCUUUUGCAUGAGAAACCAGAAAAAGGAAUGUGUGCCACGUAACAUAAUUACAGAAAUGAGUUCAUUAAAUUAACAGUCUGUGAUAAAAGAUAUAUGAAAUAUUUUCUUAUUGAAUUAAUAUUUUUUGUCUUGAAGCAUUUUCUAGUGAUAGAAUGUAUUUGUCUUUUUUCAUAGUGGUGCCCUCGUAGCAUACAUCUUUGCUACCCUUAAACGUUCUAAACAAACUUUCUUUGUCAGUUAAGUGUAGUUGUGCAAAACUGUUAAAUAAUUUCUUUGACUUUUUCUUUAUUAAAGAAAAUUUUGAGUAACAUUAA